GUGGGGUUGACAUGAUCUUAACCACGGUGAUGCAAAAUUCAGUGCUACUUCGUGGCAAGUAAUUACAUCUGUUAUUACUUUUUAAAUCCUACAUGGGGACAGAUUCAAUAAGGCAUUGUGUGUAUAAGGAAAUACAUUUAUAAUGGCAAGUGGAUUGGGUAAAAUAUUCCAAGUGGUUUCAGGGAUAGAAUAAUUUGUAGAUGCAUGUGGAAGAAUAUGUAGAGGAAAUAAUAGAAAUAUUUGUAGUCCUGUGCUAUUCAUUUUUUAAACUAAGAAGUUAUCCUGAUGUUGCAGGGUUUUUUUAGCCAGUAGAAGUUACACAUUUGGAACAAGUGAAGGAUUUAAUUUAUUCGUAGUAGGAAUAAUACCUAGGAUGUUUGUAGUAUUUUUCUCCUGGGAAUUUCAAAGUAUUUGUUAAUCAUUACUUCUCAAAAAAGCUUAAAAAUAAAAAGUCUUGACUAUAAUGUUCUUAAAAUACUUAGUUUUUAUUUGGUAUUCUUUUCUUUUUCAUCUUCUUUUGCUUUUAACUACUUUUACUCCAAGUGUAUUGAUGGACAUUAUUGAAGCAUCUUUUCUUUUUUUUUGAUUGGGAACUUGAAAAACUGACUUAAGGAGAUGGCACUUGCAUAUUGUGUAUCAGGGCUUGCAUCUGUAACUUGGUGUUUGAGAGAAUUUUAUUCGAGACCGAGUGAGCCAGAGACUUCGAUUAGAUAUAUAGAUUGUAAUCAUCAUUUGGAAAGGAGGGGUGAGAGUGGUGGUUGAAUGUUCUCAUUUUGUAGGUAACUUAGAUAAUCCCAGACUAAUUUAUACACAUAUGACAGAAACUUUUAAUAAAAACAUGUUGAAUUUGUCUCUCUUGGUAAAUCCAAUAUUAGUGUAAUCAGUUAGGGAUUAAAAUUUCAUGUUUUAAAAUGUUUUUUAUUCUAGAGCCUUGCAAAAGACAUUUAAAACAAUUUUAUUUUUUGGUCUCUCUGUCUUUGUAUUCCUUCUUCAGUUGUUUUACAAAAUUUUAAUACCAAAUUAAAAAAAUGGUUGACCAGUUUACACUUUUGUGACAAAUAUACUGUUGCAGUCAAAGCCGAAUGAAAAGUAUACCUAAGAGCUAUUUUCACAGGGGUUUGCUGGCUACUGGAAAAAUGAGGUAGUUGUAUAAUUCCACUGGAAAACUUUGUGUUGUAUGUCAGGGGUGCAUUUUAGAAAUAUUCACAUACAAGAUUUAGUUCUCUAAAUUAUUUCCGUCUGGCAAAGAGAAUUGGUUUCAUUAAGAGAAAAGUGUGACCAUUACCAGUCUUUUCCUUGUGGUGUGCUUUUUCAAGUAAUAUUUGUUUUCGUAUCAAGCAGGAUUUUUAAUUUUGUGUUACAGAGAUGAACAAUGACCAUAGUUGACAAAGUAUCUGAGUCUUCAAACUCUGCAGCUUGUCAGAAGCAGCCUGGUAGCUCCACGGUACCUUCUUCUGGAGAUAUGGACUCGGCCUCUGCAAAUUGGGGUGCUGUAUCAUCUUUGGAAGCUCCAAAGCACAAGAUCACUUUGGGACCAGUACCUGGUGCUGCGGUUUAUUCUAGUUCAUCUGUACCUGAUAAAUCAAAACCUUCAGCUCAGAAAGAUCAAUCUUUUAGUGAUGGAAUUGCUCCACCACAGAAAAUUCUUUUUCCAGCAGAGAAGAUUUGUCUGAAAUGGCAGCAAACUCAUAGAGUUGGAGCUGGACUCCAAAAUCUUGGCAAUACAUGUUUCCUCAACUCUGCUCUGCAGUGUUUGACUUAUACACCCCCUCUUGCCAACUACAUGCUUUCUCAUGAACACUCCAAAACAUGUCAUGAACAUGGAUUCUGCAUGAUGUGUACAAUGCAAUCUCACAUUACCCAGGUACUCUCUAACUCUGGCAAUGUCAUCAAACCUACGGCUGUCAUCGGUGAUCUUAGACGCAUAGCAAAACAUUUCCGGUUUGGAAAUCAGGAAGAUGCUCAUGAAUUUCUACACUACACUGUUGAUGCUAUGCAGAAAGCAUGUUUGAAUGGAAGCAACAAAUUGGACAGACAUACCCAGGCUACUACACUCAUCUAUCAAAUAUUUGGAGGGUACUUAAGAUCCAGAGUAAAGUGUAUGAACUGCAAAGGAGUCUCGGAUACCUUCGAUCCAUGCCUUGAUAUUACAUUGGAAAUAAAGGCAGCUCAGAAUUUAAACAAAGCUCUGGAACAGUUUGUGAAGCCUGAACAACUGGAUGGUGAAAAUGCCUAUAAAUGUAGCAAGUGCAAGAAGAUGGUUCCUGCUUCAAAGAGGCUUACAAUACAUCGGUCUUCUAAUGUUCUUACGUUGUCUCUGAAACGGUUUUCAAAUUUUAGUGGCGGAAAAAUUACCAAGGAUGUGAAAUAUCCUGAGUAUCUGGAUAUUCGACCAUAUAUGUCUCAACCAAAUGGAGACCCAAUUAUUUAUGUUCUAUAUGCAGUCCUGGUGCAUACUGGUAUUAACUGUCAUGCAGGACACUACUACUGCUAUAUAAAGGCCAGUAAUGGGCAUUGGUACCAGAUGAAUGAUUCUAUUGUAUCCAACAGUGACAUCAAAUCUGUCCUUAAUCAGCAAGCUUAUGUGCUCUUCUAUAUCAGGUCCAAUGAUACGAAAAAUGGAGAACACACCCAUUCCAUUCAUACACCAGGACAGUCUUCUCCCCGUCCAGUUAUCAGUCAACAGGUGAUUAAUAGCAGGCAGGGAGCAUCAGGAUUUAUUGGACCACAACUUCCUCCUCACAUGAUUAAGAAUUCCAAUCAUUUAAAUGGAACUGGAUCACUAAAAGAAACUCCAAGCAGUUCUGUGGCAAGUGCUAGCAAUGUUACCCUAAACAGACCAGCAUCAGCUCCACCUUCAACUUCUAUUCAAAACUGGACAAUUAACAGAUCUACUACUCCUGACCCCUCAAAAAAACAGAAAAUCACUAUCAGUAUUCACAAUAACAAAUUGCCUACUCGCCAAACUCUCUCUCAAUCCAGCCUUCAUAAUUCUUUGGAGAAUCUCAACAAGCCUGUUGCUUCAUCCACAAUUACAAAUUCCUCUGCAGCAAAAUCUACCUCAAAUGCACCUACAGUGUCAGUUGCUAUGAAAGUAUCUAAGCAAACAGCUCCUAGCGAAUCUUGUUCUAAGCCAUUAUUGAAUGGCAAUUCUAAACUAAACUCUAGUACAUUGGUCCCUUACGGUGCAGAAUCUUCAGAAGAAUCUGAUGAGGAGUCGAAGGGAUUAGUUAAGGAGAUUGGCCACUCAAAAUCUUUUAAUGGAAUUUUGAUUGGAAAUGUAGUUAGUACAUUACAGAACUCCUGUUCUUCCUGUCAAGAUGCUAAAGAGGCUGUAUCCCAGCAUGAACUGCCAAAAAAUGUUACCGUUAAUGGUGCUAUCAGUAUAGAUAAUGAUCCUGAAAUAAAUGGAUUGAAAUUUGACGAAUCUACUUGCCAAGUCAAGCCUGUUAAAUCUACAGAAGUUUCAUUUUCUAAAGCGAAUGGAUUGCAUGGAAAAAUAAUACCUACAGUUUUGCCACCAGUUCCUGAGGAUAGAAUGUUAGAGUCUUUCCGGUAUAAGCAGUUGAAAAGCUUGUCAGAAGAAAUAAGUGCAACUGGACUUGAAAACACUUCUGAGAAUGAUGGUCAUGUAGAAACUUCAGUCAGUGGCAACAGUCCUGUUUCCUGUGAGAAGUCUAGUAAAGUUCCCGCUAACCUUUCCUGCAAUGUCCAGAAUUCCUUUACUGAAUCAGAUCUUGAGACUAUUUCUACCAAAGAAGAAAUUGCUGAAAGUAUUGUAUCAAAAACUGAGAAUGCACAUUUUGAUAUCAGUGGACAGUGUAACACUAAGAAAAUAUCCAUGGGAGUUGAUGAUGAAUUCUCUAAACAAUGUGAUACCAAGGAUUAUACAGAUAAGAUAAGAGGACCACAAGAAGUAAAAAUGACUUUGAAGGAAAGUCCUCUGCAUAUCAGAGGUUCUGCUGAGACUGCAGAGAAAUUGGGGCAAAUCCCCUUCAUAAAGUCCGACAAUGAAUGUAGUUCUAUAAAACUUACAACUCUAAUUAUUAUAGAUAAAUGCCAAGAAACAAAGGAGAGUGGUAAUAAUUAUACAGAUGUACCACCUACUAAUGACACUUCUACAAAGUUGGAUAAAAUUUUAGAGAGUAAUUAUUCUAAAGAAAACGAUGGACUGAGUGGUAAUGAAAAAUGUCAAGAAAAUAAGGAUAAGAAAAAAUUUAAGUCUCAUUCUCCAAUGAAGAAAAGAAUUUGCUCCCCCAAAAAACUUGACAAAGGGCACUACCGUGCUAAAAGGCAGCGUUCUGAAAGCGUAGAGCAGGAGAAGCAAACCAGAAACAAACCAGAUGCCAAAAAAAGGCAUUCCUACAACAAAGAGAGUACAAAGCAGGGUUGGUAUAAACAGGAGCACUCCAGUGGAAAUAAGCACAAAGUUAUGCAUAGAGAAAGAGACAACCCUGAUAAUGACAGAAGUUUAGGAAAAUAUACCAAUUACAGAUCUCGAAGUAGAGGAAAAACUGAUCAUGAGAAGAAUAGAUAUUGCCAUUCUAAAUGGGAUAAGUGCAGAUAUUACAAUGAUUAUCCUCCUUAUGCAGCAAGAGGUAGCAGAGAGAGAAAAUUCAUUCAUGGGGACAGAGACUAUGAUAAAUCAAGUCAGAGUUACAACAGUAGGUCAUAUAGGGAUGAUUAUUACACAAGAAGAUGGAAUCAUGAACCAGUAGCUAAAGAGAAACAUUUCAGUAGCUCCAAAAUAGAUUAUCAUUGGUCAGCUCCCUCUCAGCACUCUGAAAAAUAUUCCCAUGAAAAAUGUGCACCUAUGUCUGAAGAAAACAAUUCAAGUUUUGAAACCUCUUGCCACAAAUCUGAAUAUCUAAACGACAGAAAAAGAAAAUGUGCGAGUCUAGAAAGUAGUGACAGUAAUAUGGAAAAGAAACGCAGAAGAAGUUUGCAGAGUGAGCCAAUGGAAGAACAAAGAGUGAAAAAACACAAAAAGUCAAAGAAAAAAAAGAAAUCCAAAGAUAAACACCGAGAGAAAGAUGAUCGACUGCACCAGGAUUCAGACAUCUCUGGGGCUGGCUCUGAUUCUGACAUCCACAAACAUAAGAAAAAAAAGAAGAAAAAGAAGAAACAUACAAAGAAAUCUGAGGACUUUAUUGCUACAGACCUACCUUUUCAUAAGAACCAUGGAUACACAGUCAUUAAAUCUUCAGAUGGCAACUUUGCAUACACAGAUGAAACCAGAUGGAAGGUUCAAAGUGUGUUAAUGGAAGCCAUCUCUACAAUUUAAAUUAUAUUUAUAACAGAACAAUUAAUUCUUCAAUUCAUCAUUGGUGCUUCAGAAUACUGUACAGGAUUUUACCGUGGAAGAACUUUUUUUAGUUUUUACCUUGAGACUUUUUUUUAAAAUUUACUCGUAAUCCAAAAGGAAACUUUCUACAACUGCUGAACAUUGUAAAUAUUGUAACAUUGUAUUGAACAUUGUAAAUAUCACACUGAAAAUAAUGCCCUGGAAUAGAACAUCUCAAAUGCUGCUUAAUUACAGACUCAGGUUGAUUAUGUGUUAUUCAUGUAAUGUUACUCCACAUUAGACUUCUGGUGCAAGUGACUAGAAAACUCAACUGACAGUCUGUAUGUUUAAUUUAAAAACUUAUUUAAAAUUUCACAAGCUCUCAAAUAACUAGAAUCCUCUCUGAUGUCUGACACUAGAAACUAAUUUGCUUCACAUUUUAGUUGUACUCAAGCUUUGAAGAAAAACUUACUGAAAGUUCUGGUUUAGAACUUUGUGAAACAUACCACUCAGCAUACACAGUUCUGAAUGUAUCUCCACAACUAUUUGUAUACCUUUCCAUAUGUUUGUUACUUUUUUUAUAGUGUCACUUGUCUAAUUGGUCUCAGUUGUCUGUUUUGUCUCUUUAAGUUACAGAAAAACUCAUACUGUGAUUUUUAUUUUUAUUAUUAAAUGCUAUCAAACUGUGAUACUUAUAAUUCACUGGUCCUGCAUCAGGAGAUGGAGUGGGGAAGCUGUAUUAAAUACAGUUCAUCUGUAUAAUCUGUCUGGUUUAUACAAGCUGUGUUGUUCAGAGAUGUCUUAAGUUGAUCUUUGUUUUUUUUAAAGAUAAAGCACUUGCCCCACUGUAAAUAUAUAGCAUGUAAAAUUUAUAUAGUAUAUAAAUACAUGAAAGUCAAAAGAGCUUUUUACACUGUUUACUCCUUGAGUUGUUUGUUCAACUUCUGCCUAUUAGAACUGUGCACCGAAGGGCUGAAAAGCUUAAUUGCAUGUCUGCCUUACAUGUCAGUGACAAAAGGGGUGUGGUCAAUGCUCAACUAUACUUUGUCUUUAAAUGAUUGACUAAUGUUACAGGGCUGGGAUGAAUUCUUCCAUUUUCCACCAAAUUUAUCCUCUCCUCCUCCUUCAUGGAAGGCCUUAAGACAGAGCUUAAGACCAUAAGGAGGUCAAACCAAAGGUCCUUCUAGCCCAGUAUCCUGUCUUCUGAUAGUGGCCAAUAUCAGGUACCUCAGAGGGAAUGAACAGAACAGGUAAUCAAGUGCUCCAUUCCCACCAUUCUAGCUAAGAUCUAUUGCUGGACUUAUCCUCCAUGACGCUAGCCAACUUUUUUUUUUUUAAACCCUGUUAAAGUCUAGGCCUUCACAACAUCCUCUGCCAAGGGGCUCCACAAGCUGACUAUGCCUUGUGUGAAGAACAACUUCCUUUUGCUUCCUUUUCCACUGCCAAGAUACCUUUUUUUUUUUU